AUGCUUCAGUGUCGCCAAAAGUUGGUAUUUUAUUUCCCGAUUUGCUGGGCAGGUUACGGCUUCGCUCGAACCCUUGACCCGGCAAAGUACGAGCGUGUGAUAAUCUCACCGCGCUCUUACUUUGUAUUUACCCCCUUGUUGGCCUCUACUUCGGUCGGCACCCUCGAAUUCCGCACCAUCUUGGAGCCUGUCCGUCGCCUGCCAGGGAAAAUCGGCUUCUACCAGGGCUGGGCCGAUGACAUCGAUUUCCACCGCAAAACGAUCCGCGUCGAGACAAACGCCGCUGAAGAAGCUGCAAGCAAGACGCGUGUUCCAGCACCCUUCCCUUCACCGUCAGAAACCAGCGGCUUGGAGAAGGAGGUGUCGGCGGUGCCCCAAAAGCCCAAGGGAGACCUCAUCGACAUCCCAUACGACAAGCUUGUCAUUGCCUGUGGAGCCUACAGCCAGACCUUCGGCAUCGAAGGCGUCCGAGAACACGCCCACUUCCUCCGCGACAUCGGCGACGCCCGGCGCAUCCGUCUGCGCGUGCUCUCGCUGUUCGAGCAGUGCUCGUACCCGCGCGGCUCCGAUCACCUCAGCGACGCCGACAAGCGCCAGCUCCUGCACUUCGCCAUCGUCGGCGGCGGGCCCACGGGCAUCGAGUUCGCCGCCGAGCUGCACGACCUCAUCCGCGACGACCUCGCCCCCAUCUACCCGGAGCUCGUGCCCCUCGUCAGCAUCACCGUCUACGACGUCGCCCCCAAAGUCCUCCCCAUGUUCGACCAGGCCCUCGCCGGCUACGCCAUGGAAACCUUCGCGCGGCAGAACAUCCACGUCAAGACAGAGCACCACCUGCAACGACUCCGCCUCGCCGACGGCGAACUAGGCCGCCGCCAUAACGCGCUCAAGAUCAAGAUUGCCGAGUACGGCGACGAGGAGGUCGGUGCGGGCCUAGUAGUCUGGAGCACGGGCCUGAUGGCCAACCCUUUGAUGGCCAAGCUCGCGGCCAAAAACCUCCCCCUAAACGGCACCAACCCCCUCUCCACUAGCCCCGGCAUUACCCGCCACCUGCUCCGCGACGGCCGCACGGGGGGCAUCCUCACCGACGGCUACCUCCGCGCGCGCACCACCACCACCACCAACGGCAACAGCAACGCCGACGACAAGGCCACCCCGCCCGGCGCAGGCGGCGUGCUCGACGACGUGUACGUGAUCGGCGACUGCGCGGUGAUGGAAACAGACACGACGCUCCCCAAGACAGCACAAGUAGCCGCGCAGCAAGCCAGCUACCUCGCGCGGCAACUCAACAAGGGCACGAGCACGGGCGCGGGCGACGAGGGCGGGAAGAAGAAGAACAAGGCGUUCCGGUUCCGCAACUGGGGCACGCUGACCUACCUGGGCAGCUGGAAGGCGAUCCACCAGAGCCAGGCGGACGAGCUGAAAGGGUGGGUGGCGUGGGUGGUCUGGCGCGGGGCGUAUCUGACCAAGAGCAUGUCGUGGCGGAAUAAGGUGUUGGUGCCCGUGUAUUGGGUGGUGUCGUGGCUUUUUGGGAGGGGCAUUAGUCGGUUCUGA